AGCAGGACAGCUUGACUACAAAUAGACAUUGUCCAAAAAGCCUGAGGCUCUGUCGCUGGAUGAAGAAGAAGAUGCAGAAGAGAUGCAUAUGCGUUCCCAAAUCCAAUCCAGGACCGCAUUCCAAAUCCCGCUCUCCCGCUACCUCGAAAGAAGUGAAGCAAUGGAAGUGAAGAUGUUAUCCAUGUUGUAUGCAAUUACUAUGCAUUGUACGGCCUGCUUCGGACCCUACUCCUCCGUCACCCCUGACCAAAAGAUAGUGCACCUCGCUGACCUCUACUCUCACGGUGAGGGGAGGAGGGGUCACGGCAAUAACCUUGGAACGAACCUCCUACCUAUGGGAAGCGUGAUGCUGACAUGCUGUCUUGUGGUACGGCAAAUACCUUACCUUAAGGAUGCCAAAGCUGAGCUGAUGCGGAAAGCGGAAUCAAUCCCUCCGAGCUUCUUCUCAAUGAGCAGGCAGACACUAAGUGACUUACUCAUUCUCCAAGUCAUCCAUCCUGUUAUUGCAGCAUUGGUCCUCAUCAGCUGGACGGUACCUCAAACCAGCAUCAAGCUGCCUCUUAAGACGUGCCCUUAAACCUCAAACUGAGGAAACAGUUCCGAAACAUGGACAAGGCUCCAGACUCCAUCACCACGGCACUCGCACCCUCGCGCAAGGCCUUUCUCCAAUCCAUCUGGCAAGAGAACUGGCCCAAGCUGAACAUCACCAGCGCAUCCAAACUCCACACCUCAGACAUUGAGCUCGCCGAGACUCUCCUCUCCUGGCUCCGAGACUCCAACCUCGACUGUCCCCUCAGUAUCACAAUCUCACCACCAAAGUCAGCUUCGGCAUCAUCGGCAUCAUCAUCAUCAAGCUCAACAACUUCCAUCCCCCCCUCCCUCACCCAAACCACAAAGAUCGAAAUUGUGCCCACCCUUCCCGAUGAUGCCUUCACCCACGCAUUAGCACACAUUGGAGUCUAUCGUCGCGAAGAAACCCUUCCCACCCUCAAAAACAUCUUCUACUCCCUCCUCCCCAAAGGCAUCGCCAUCGUCUCCGUCACCAAGCGCAAUCCCAUUGAAGAAAUUCUCCAAUCCGUCAUGCAAAAAGGUAGCUCGGGUCAUCGUCGUAGCAGCUCGUCCACCACCACCACCACCACCACCACCACCACAACAGCAGAAGGCGUCACCGCCGUCAGCGAAGCGGAAAAUCUGCGAGAAUUGGCUGCAGCGGCACAGUUUGAAUUGGGCAAAGUCAGAGUGAUGGAGAGGGAGAUUGUGGUGACGGGUGAGGAGUUGAGUCGGUUACGAGGUGAAGUUCAAGGGAUCCUGGAUGCGGCGUGUGGACAGCAGGGGGAUGCGCAGAGUUGGGAACGGGGCUUUGAUGUGGCUUGGGAGAGGGAGGUGGAGAGGAAUGGGGGAGCAUUGAAGGUGGAGUGUUGGGUUUUGUUGGCUAUGAAGUGGGAUUUGUUGUGUGCUUGAGGUACAUGUAUGUACCUAGGUAUACCGUAGUUUUGAUGUGUAUCAGGCACCGAGGUACCUCCAUAGAACGGAGCUCGAAUUGUAUCAUUGGGGACUCAAUGCAGGUCGUAUGGAAAAGGCUGCGGAGUUGGUUCGUUCAUUCUGAUCACUCACAGUGCGAGACAUUUUAAUUGAAUGAGCAUUUCUACAAUAACCUGAG